CACGUCGCUCUGCAGGCUCACUAACACACCACCAUGGGCCUCGCCGGACCAAAGAAUCGCACGAAAAUCUCGGCUGAUCCGAAUAACACAGCAUGGAGCCGCUCCACGGACCGCUUUGGACAUAAAAUCCUGGUAGCGCAAGGCUGGCAGCCUGGAUCCUAUCUCGGAGCUAAAGACGCGGCGCAUUCUGAACACUACACCGCAGCGAAUGCCUCGCAUAUUAGGGUCGCUGUCAAGGAUGACACCCUUGGACUAGGCGCGAAGCGGGGAAAAGCCGAGGCCGAGACAUUUGGACUGAACGCAUUCCAAGGCUUGCUUGGAAGGUUAAACGGCAAGAGUGACGUGGAACUGAAGAAGGAGGAGGGGCAGCAAAGAGAUCUCAAGCUCAAGAUAUAUCAAGGCCAACGAUGGGGCACCAUCCAGUUCGUCAGUGGUGGUUUCCUGGUUGGGGACAAAAUUGAAAUACCGUCGGAGAAGCCCAAGAGUAGUGCUGGUUCAACGGAAAAGGCCAUGCAGCUGGUAUCAGAAGCGCGCGACACUGAUGAGCCAGCAAAGAAGAGGAAGCGCAACCGUGGCGCAGACACUGGAGAAGAGGCACCGGAGCUGAAAAAUAAAAAGAAGAAGUCGGAUCUGAAUGCAGAGUCCGAAGAUAGCAGCCAGGAAGACAGCGAUGCUCGUUCCAAGAAACGGUCCAAAUCACGCUCGAAGAGCAAGGAUGCCUUGUCAGCAGAUAGCAGCGGUGUCACAUCAACAGCCACAUCAGGCGAUGAGAAGUCCGAGAAAAAGAAACGGAAGCUGGAGAAGAAGGCUCGGAAGGAGGCGAAAAAAGCAGCAAAGCUCGAAAGGCGCGCCAAGAAGGAGGCCAGGCGGGCGGAAAAAGAACGCAAAAACCGCGACAAGUCACAAGACGAUUCGACCAGUGAUUCUUCGUCAGACGAAGAAGAUGCUGCCCCCAAGGCCGGCUCUGCCGUUGCGUUGGAGGAGACUAAGGCUGCUCCUAGUUUUGCUGGAGGGCGCCUUGCUGUGCGCCAAAGGUACAUUCGCCAGAAGAAAAUGGCGUCCAUGGACCCCCAGGCGCUGAAAGAGAUUUUCAUGGUUAAAGCACAGGCAUAGUCCUGUCGGGCACUGCAUUCAGCAAGGCGUUGGUGGUUUUUGCGCAAGUGUGUCUUUGUUGUGCCAUUGUUAGACAACUGAUGCUCAGAUCUUGGUUAGAGACCAAGCGUACAUCUCUAGACGUAC